AUGCGUUACUCACUCAUCUUCGCCAGUCUGGCUGCCGCCGCCAUCGCCUUCCCCAUGGAGUUGAAGGACGUGAAGACUGCGAACACAGUGGACGCAAUGAAGCCCAACGACGAUUUCAAAGACUACACUGAGUAUGGCGCAUACGGGAAGUACAGUGAAUACGUCAGCUACCCCGAAGUAGCAGCCAAAAUUAUGGCAAAGACAAACAUGAAACGCGACAACAUGAAGGUCGAUGAGAUGAUGAACGAUGCCACCAUGGCCAACAUGAUGCUCAAGGAGAGCAUGAUGGUGCACGCGAAGGCCGCGGACAUGAACAGUUUGGAGAAUGCUGAGAUCAUGCGAAAAGAUACGAUGAUCAAGGAUGUGAACGUGAUGGCUGCGAACAUGGACGCAAAGCAGGCUGCAGAUUCCAGCUACGGCAAGUACGGCAAGUACGGCAAGUACUCCAACUACGGCGAGUACCCAGGUGAUGCUAAGGAGGAGGCAAAGAAGAUGGAGAUGGCGAAGAUGGAGAUGGCAUAG